AUGAAGCCUCUUGCUGGGAAUCUGGGGGUGCCUGGCAUCUUGUCAGCCCUCGGCAGCAAGUCUGCCAAACCCCAGUCUGACGUGCCGGCCUCCGGAGUCACCUCUGAGCCGACACACGAAAAGACUGUCCACCACAACACCACCCCAUCUCUGGGUGAAACGUCUGACGAUGAAUCCGUCGAGAAGAUCGAUACCAAUGCCGAGUAUGGCGUGCAGGCUGUCCAAGCUAUGACGUUCGCCUGGUCGAAGAAUGAGAUCAUCUUCCUUUAUAUCAUGAUAUGGCUCGUUGAAUUCCUCCUCGCAUUCUCCAACGGCAUCAUCAACACGCUGACUCCCUACGUAACAAGCAACUUCCAAGAACACUCAUUGACGGCCCUUACCGGCGUUAUCUCGUCACUUGUGGCUGGUAUCUGGAAGCUCCCGUACGCCAAAAUCAUGAACAUCUGGGGUAGACCACACGCAUAUGCCUUGAGCGUUUUGUUCAUGACAAUGGGCUUGAUCAUGAUGGCAGGCUGCAAAAAUGUCCAGACCUACUGUGCGGCACAGGUCUUCUACUGGAUGGGCUACAAUGGCAUCGACUUCAGCAUUACUGUCUGCAUUGCCGAUACGUCCAAGUUGAAGAAUCGAGGCUUCAUGAUCGCCUAUUCUUCUUCGCCUUUCCUCGUCACCACCUGGAUCUACGGGUACGCCGCCAGCAGCGUCAUCAACGGCAUUGGUUAUCAGUGGGGUUUUGGAAUCUUCUGCAUUUUCGUCCCCAUCGUCAUGGCCCCAUUCGGUGUUAUGCACUGGAUCGCUCAGGCAAAGGCUCAGAAAGCCGGUCUCAUCCCUGCACGUGCCACUGCGAACAUGACGCUGGGUCAGAAGACACGCCACUACCUCAAGGAGUUCGAUGUCAUUGGUCUCCUCAUCCUCGCGACAGGUUUAUCUCUCUUCCUCCUGGCCUUCAACAUCUACUCCUACCAGCGCGAUACCUGGCGGUCUCCUAUGAUCAUCUGCUUCCUCAUCUUCGGUGGCUUGCUGAUCAUCGCUUUCGGCGUAUGGGAAGCGAAGUUCGCUCCGAUUACGUUCGUCCCCUGGGAUCUGCUGAAGAACCGCACCGUCAUUUUCACCUACACUAUGGCUGCUUCCCUGUACACUGCUUGGUAUAUCUGGGACAGCUACUUUUACUCGCUCCUCAUCGUCCUGUUCAACCAGACCAUCGUUCAUGCAACCUACAUCAGCAAUAUCUACACGAUGGGAAGUUGCUUCAUCUGCCUGGUCUACGGGCUUUGCUUGCGCUACAUGAGCGGCCGUCUCAAGAUGUACUCGCUGUUCUGGGGUGUUCCACUCACCAUCCUUGGAGUCGGUCUGAUGAUCAAGUUUCGCCAACCGGACGUGAAUAUCGGCUACAUCGUCAUGUGUCAGAUCUUCGUCGCCUUCGGUGGUGGUGUUUUGGUCAUCUCCGAGCAGACCACCCUAAUGGCCGUCUCCAAGCAACGCGAUUUCCCAGCUCUUCUGGCCUGCGAAUCCAUGAUCAUUGCCAUCGGCAGCGCGAUCGGGUCCACCAUUGCCGGAGCUAUGUGGACCGGUAUCUUCCCGGAGAAGUUGCUCAAAUACCUCCCGGCCAGCGCUCAAGGAGAUUUCGCCAGUAUUUACGGCGACCUGACCGUCCAGGCGAGCUAUCCUGUCGGCAGCCCGGCCAGGAUUGCCAUCAACAGAAGCUAUGCAGAGACUCAACGGUACAUGCUCGUUGCUGCGACCAGUCUCUACACUAUUACCCUGGUGAGCGUCGGCCUCUGGCAAGACGUGGAUGUGCGCACGAUGAAACAACGAACAGUUGGUCUGUUGUAA